AUGAAGACAUACUUUCAGCAACAAAUUUUUUUCUCGGAUUCCAGCUUGCUUGGACGUGGAGGUUUUGGCAAAGUUUACAAGGGCACACUGGAAGGUGGAAAUGAAGUUGCUGUCAAGAGGCUUAGUAAGAGUUCUGGACAAGGUAUGGUGGAGUUCAAAAAUGAAGUAGUUCUCAUUGAAAAACUGCAGCAUAAGAACCUAGUCAGACUUCUCGGCUGCUGCAUUCAUGAAGAUGAGAAGUUAUUGAUCUACGAGUACUUAGCUAAUAAAAGUUUGGAUGCCUUUCUUUUUGAUCAUGCACGAAAACAUGUGCUCGAUUGGUUGACACGGUUCAAAAUAAUUAAAGGAAUAGCAAGAGGCCUUCUUUAUCUCCACCAAGAUUCAAGAUUAACAGUAAUUCAGAGAGAUCUCAAAGCAAGCAACAUUUUGUUGGAUAUAGAAAUGACUCCUAAAAUUUCAGAUUUUGGUAUGGCAAGAAUCUUUGGUGCAAACCAGAAUCAUGCUAACACAACCCGGGUCGUCGGAACAUAUGGUUAUAUGUCCCCUGAAUAUGCAAUGGGAGGUGCAUUUUCUGUGAAAUCAGACACUUAUAGCUUUGGGGUUCUUCUCUUGGAGAUUGUUAGUGGCAUGAAGAUUAGCUCACCUCAGCUCAACAUGGAAUUUUGUAGCCUUAUAUCUUAUGCCUGGAGAUUAUGGGAAGAUGGAAAAUAUACCGAACUGGUGGACUCCUUCAUUGUUGCGAGCUGCCCACUUCAUGAGGUUGCACAGUGCAUUCAUGUGGGACUCUUGUGUGUCCAAGACCAUCCAAAUGAUAGACCACUAAUGUCCUCAGUUAUGUUUAUGUUGGAGAAUGAAAGUGCAGUGCUUGCACCUCCAAAGCAUCCUGUAUACUUUGCUCUAGGUAAUUAUGAAGGUGAAGAAGCCAGGGAGAAAAUGAGUUCCACAAAUGAAAUGAGUAUGACAACGCUCAAGGGUUGUUAG